AUGUAUCCAGAUAUCGAACCAUAUCAUAACGGCAAAUUGAAAGUUUCCCCCAUCCACACACUCCAUUACGAAAUAUGUGGGAAUGAGAAGGGAGCACCUGUUAUUUUUGUUCACGGUGGUCCCGGUGGUCAUUACUUUCCCAGAGAUCGAACCUUUUUCAACCCAGAGAAAUACAAGAUCAUCCUGUUUGAUCAACGGGGAAGCGGAAACUCGACUCCGAAAGGAAGCACAGAGGAGAAUACUACGUGGGACCUGGUCAAAGACCUGGAGCGACUUCGGGAAGAGCUCAAGGUUGAGAAGUGGCAUGUUUUUGGUGGAUCUUGGGGUUCUACACUCUCGUUGGCUUAUGCACAGUCUCAUCCGGAACGAGUUAAAUCGCUCAUUUUACGUGGCAUUUUUACUUGCAGCAAGAGCGAAAACCGGUUCGUGUCACAGUCUGGCGCGAAUCAUAUCUUUCCAGAAGCCUGGGAUGACUACAUUUCUCUAAUACCGUCGUCCGAACGUGAUGAUACAACUCGUGCAUACUAUCAUUUGUUGCACUCACCCGAUAAAGAAAUGCGAUUGAAAGCUGCCAGGGCAUGGACGAAAUGGGAAACCACUCUCUCCAAAUUUCGCCAGGAUCCCACUGCCUUCGAACUCGACCCAGACGAGGAUGUCUACGCUUAUGCUGUCAUUGAAUGCCACUACUUGUUGAAUGACGGUUGGUUGAGAGACGGUCAGCUUCUUGACAGGCAGGAAAUCGAUAAGAUCCGUCACAUACCGACUAUUGUGGUGCAAGGCCGAUACGACAUAGUCUGCCCGCCCAUAACGGCAUGGGAGUUGAAAAAGGUUUGGCCGGAAGUAACUUUACACUUUGUGCCAGAUGCAGGUCAUUCGUCUGGUGAACCUGGUAUUCAGAAACUUUUGAUAGAGGCUACAGAUGAAUUUGCGAAGCUCUGA